AUGGGCGCCUCGGGCCAGGGCAAAACGGCCCUGUUCGAGCUCCUCCGCCUCAACCUGGCCUCCUCCGGUUCGGCAUCGUUGCACAAGGACAAGCAGCAACCGCACGGCGAAGUGGGCGUGCCCACCCUGGACGCCCAGGAGUGCUUGAUGAGCCUGUCCCACUCGCGCCGCAUCACCCUCAUCGACGUCCCAGGCCGCGCGAGCAAGGGCGUCAAGAACUUCUACGCGGGCAUCGUGGGCAGCCGCUGCGGCGUCUUGGUAAUCUCCGCUCUGACCAAAGAGCUGUCGCCAAUCGAUGAGACCAAGAACCAUCCGCUGCUGGCCUACACGAUGGGCGUCAAGAAGGUUAUCGUGUGCGUGACGCACAUGGACCAUCCCAACGUCUACUUCGCGCAGUCGAGCUAUGAUGCCGCCAAGGAGCUCGUCACCCUCCCGUUGAAGCGGGUUGGCUUCAACGUCGCGCAGACCCACUUUAUCCCCAUAUCUGCCAUCACAGGUGAUAAUGUGUUCACGCAGUCGACAACGAUGAGCUGGUACAAGGGACCCACGCUCAUGCAGGCCCUGGAGACCGUGGCUCUCGACCCGCCGGGCCUGCGGCUGGACCACGUCGGUCGACCCGCCCGCAUGGUGGUGCAGAAGGUCUACCGGCGCUCCUAUCGACACGACACCCGCGAUGUGCUCGUGGGCGGCUGCAUCGUGAGCGGCCAGCUCUCCGUGGGCGAUCGGGUGGUCAUCCAACCGAGCAACGUCAACGGUGACGUCAUCGUUGAAUCGAUCGAAUCUCAUCACCAGCCACGCCGCGCGGUCUUAGGACCUCACGAAAGCGUGGCGGUCAGGCUGCGCUGGCUGCGCACCACUGCGGCCUCGGACACCGUAAGCAAGAAGGAGGCGGAGGCGGAGGCGGAGGCAGAAGUGGAGGCGGAGGCGGAGGAGGUUACCAACAUGAUCGCGGCAGAGGCUGAGCUGCCGCGGCUGGUCGACCUGGUGGAGCGAGGCAGCGUGAUCGUUCCACAGGGCGGCGACCAACCUCGACGGGUCAAGUCCUUCAAGUCGCAGGUGAUCAUCAUCUCCCACCCGGGCAUGCUUAAAUCAGGCUACACGCCGACUCUGCGCAUCGACAAGCGUACGGGCCAGCUGAUCGAAAACGACCCCCAAUCCAUACGCUCGAGCAUGGCCUGCAUGGCGGAGCUGACACCCAAACAACCACUGUGCCUCGACUUGUUCUCCUCGAGCGGUAACCUCGGCCGUCUCUGCUUUGCCGAUCUCGGCCGCACCGUGGCGGUGGGCGUCGUGAGGGAGGUCACAUGGGACGCGAGCACAUCCGUCAUCCCCUGCCAUGUCGCACGACCGGACCGUAGGCGCGUGCUGGAGCAGCGCCGGCAGGCGAGACGCGCCAGGUGGCGCGCCAGGCAGACCGAGUGGGUGACCGGGCUGCGCAACCUGCCUGUGGGCGCACUCAAGGUCACCGUGGUCGAGGCGGAGAAUUGCUACGUCAGGCUGGGGGUUGGCACUGACGGGCGCCAGCCCACGGCGUGGCGCAAAACAGGCACCCGCGGCAAAAAGUGCGAGCUGGGCUUCUGCCAAAAGUUCAUCUUCCUUGACGUCAAUCCGGCCCAGUCCACACUGUAUGUCUCUGCUCACGACGCGUCGCGCUACCCGGACGACUACGGCACAAUGGAGAUCCCGCUGGCGGCAGUGAUGCGGACGAAGCGAGGCUGGCAGAAGACAUUCGCGCUCGACGACACUCCCUACAGCCUCACCAACUCUGUCACCCUCCACUUCUACUGGCAGGCGCCCUAG